AAAUUCUAUGAAUUCAAUUCACAUUUAAGUUUCAUGACGAAAAGUUGUAGCUGGUGUGUCAAUAGGAAAAAAGUGAAAAUUUAUGCAUUUUCAAUGACAAAAUCAUAGAAAUGUAGCAAAUAAAAACAUAAUCUGGAUAGACAUAAUAGCAAAAAAAAAAUAAUGAAAAUACACGGUCAAAUGUUUGAAGUGCAAAUUCGACUAAAAACUAAUUUAUGAAAAACUUAAUGGACGGACGUAUUUUAUUUCUUGAUACAAUUUGCUAAUGAUAAAGGAAAACGUGUUGUAAAAUUUAGAAGCAUUAAAUGACCGAAAGUCAGAAGCGGGAAUUUGCUACCAAACACUCCAGAUAGAUUUGGACUUAGUAGUGGCCUACGAAGUGUAGGGGAAAAAAGAGAUAAAUAUUCGAUUUGCAAACCACAAAAUAACUCUUUGGCUGAUGUCUUUACAUGUUAAAAAUGGUGAAGAAAGUGCUCUCGUCGGGGUGUACAAUUAGGGCGUUUAUUAAUAUAUCGAAUCAUGACAGAGGAACAUGAAGAUGACUUUCUAGUUAAAGUUCGUGCACAGGUGAUGACAAGAGAUGAGAGUACGGAAGGCUGGUUACCUUUGGCUGGAGGUGGUUUAGCGAAUGUAUCCAUUCGAAAACGAGCUAGAUUACCUCCUGAAAUUGGUGAGCAUGAAUAUAUUAUUUAUGGGCAGAGGAUUUCCGAUCAAACUAUAAUAUUGAGCUGUGUUAUCAAUCGAGACCUUCAAUAUAACAAGGUAAUGCCAACAUUUCAUCAUUGGCGUGCUGGCAAGCAGCGCAACGGUCUCACAUUUCAAACUGCAGCAGAUGCUAGGGCAUUCGAUAAGGGUAUUAUUCGAGCUUACGAUGAACUAAUUGAUGGUUUGUAUUUGAAUAAAUUUAGUUCGAUUUAUUUUGCUCAAUUGAACAAAAACUUUCAUGUUAAAUGUCAUGCAUUUGUAGGUUUGAAUAUGGUAAAUUCAUCCCAAUGGCCCAAAAUGAAUACGUACAACACACAAAAUACACAAAUUGAUGAUGAUGAUGUGUUUAUGACACUCGACUUACCGCUUGAGCCGUCAGAAUCGAGGUCAUCGUCUGAAGGAAAUGGAAGCCAAGCUAGUGGAUGUGGUGGAAGCGAACCAAGUGUUGGUGGCGCGGGAAAUCUCUGGAAUAAAUCCCAACGGCAACCGCAAAAUGCACCACCGGCAUCGGGAGAAAAUUAUUCUUAUGUUCAAUUGACAGCAGUGCAUGAACCAGUAAAAGCAUUACAUGAACAUCGACCGGAAACUGUUCAAACCGAUUUCGAUAGCGAACCGAUUAAUUUAAUUCGUGCUGAUGCCAAACGGGAAUCAUGCGCUAGUAUUAAGAAACAAUAUCCGACUGAUGCUACAACACAAUCACAUAAAGAGCUAGUGCACACCAAGCGAGUGCGCUGCAGAUACUGCCAAGAAUUUUUCACUGAAGAAUUUAAUCGAAAAGGAGCUUGUGAGUUCGCACCUGACACAUUUAAGGCUAGUCUAGAAUAUACAACAGCUAUGAAAUGUGCCCGAUGUAUGCUGUAUCAUUGUAUGAGCGAUUCAGAAGGUGAAAUGCCGCAACAUCCUUGCGAAUGUGUACCUGAAGAAAGUGUCUGCUCAAAAAGAUGGAUCGGAUUAUUUCUAUUAUCUAUGAUAUUCCCUUGUUUAUGUUUCUAUCCGGCUUGUCAUCUAUGUCAUAAAAUGGGUAUAUCAUGUGGUAUAUGUGGUGGUAGACAUAGGCCACAAAUGUGAAAUAAAACAAAUUAAACGCAUUUCACAAUGUACCGCCGACUGAAAUUCAUUGAUUCGGAAUACAUCUCUUCAAAGCAGAUAGUUUUGGGAAGCAGAAAAAGUAAAACUCGAAGGCUGCGAAACAGCUGAGUUCUUAUGAAUAGUAUAAAAUCGGAGCUUGCUGUGAGCAAAUCGCAUGCAUCAAAACAACACAAACACCAAGCGCAUAACAAUGAAAAAAGCACACCGGAAGCGCGAUAAAAAUCAAAGCAAAACAAAGCGAAGUAAGCACGACGACGAACACCGGACGAUGUAUCGUCUAUGUGCAUUCUCUUCUUCUGUACUUCACUCUGUUAGUUGUGUGUGGUUGCACACUUUUUGAGUGGCGGUCAUAACGAACCGAACGGACAGCAUGCUUCUGUAUUUUCUAUUACAUUAGAGAAUGCUGUCCGUCCGGGGCGUUAUGACCGCCACUCCACUUUUUGCCCUUUCUUUAAUCUGGCACUUUCGGUUGAUGCAUGCGACGUGAUCUCAAAAAGAUGAGUUUAUACACUAAAAAUGGAAACCUAGCUAUUUCGCAAUGACUGCAGGGCAAUUAGUGACUAUUUUUCAAACACACAUCAAGAAUAAUUUAUAUUCAUUAUAACUAAGGCGGUCCAAAAUAAAAAAAGUUCAACAUUUUGUCGAUUUCUGGGGCUUAAUCGCUAAUUUACCUCAAAGAACAUCAUUGACAUAAGAAGGUAAGAUAGGACCCUGUCAAAAACCUAUUGCAAAUGUAGUGAAAGAAACGUGUGUUUUCAAAAGCAUCAAUAUAUUGACAAUUUGUAAAUAAUAUUGUUGACUUUUCAUUCAGAUGCGACUUGGAAAAUGUUUAUUCUGCGUAUGACUGGACAGUGCCCAGUGCACACUCAACUGCAUACCAUUUGCGUAAUAGUCUUUCGAUAUGGUCUUAUCUUACCUUUUUUGGCCAAUAAUAUUUCUGUGGGUAAAUUAGCGAUCAAGAUCCGAAAUUCGACAAAGAUAAAAUUGUUGGUACUUUUUUUUACUUCGUACCAACCUAAUAUUUGCCGCAAUAGUCCUGCGCAUAUAUAUAUAAUUCGAAUAGAUAAAAGACAAAAUUAGAAUCUCGAGGGCCAUUUGAAAUGCUUAUUAAUAUCAUUCAUGACUAUGAUUUCACUUUUGUUUAUAUUUUUCCACAAAAAAUUUCUCAAAUCUGAAUAACAAAAAAGGUUUGUGAUCGGAUAUUUUCAAUUUCGAAAAAUGGAACGGUUCAUGCGUUGAAAUUCUAUGUAUAGGGUAUAUGUGACAACAUGCAUAGCUUUCAUGUAACGAAUGCAAACUGUUUGACAUUAUGCGAAAAUGUAAGUUAAUUAUUAGUUUUUAAGCGGUCACUUAACCGACUAUUUAACCAAUUUAUAAGUAAAUUCCUGUAGAUACCCAUCUAAUAAUUAUAAACCCAAAUGCAUCCGAUUCCAGGCACAUAUCCGAGGUUGAAUACGGGGAUAGAUUAAACCGUAGAAGUAACCGUCAUAGUGAUACAAUUGUGCAUGGAAUGAAUGGAGAAAAAAUUGAAUAAAAUUAGCAUCAAUACAUUCAAUACAUUCAA